AUGGGCGCUAGUACUCGAUCCUUUAUCAACCAGGGCCUCUGGGACACUUUACUAUCGGAUACCGCUGAGGGUGACUUGGUUGUGAUUGAGAUGGGCCACAAUGACGACGUCGGCCUAAGCACUGACACUGCUGACCGUGGGACUCUGCCCGGAAUUGGUGAAGACUCCGUCACCAUCACGACUUCUACGGGUGAAUCUGAGGUUGUCUACUCUUUUGGUCACUACCUACGGAAGAUGAUCAAGGAUGUCCAAGCCGUUGGCGGUAUCCCUAUACUCUCCGGCAUGGUUAACAGAAAUUACUGGGAUGGAACGACUCUUCAAAGCGACUGGCAAUUCGCUAUUUAUGCUCAACAGGUUGCAAAACAAGCUUCUGUCGAGUAUAUUGAUCACACAAAGUAUUCUGUCAAGAAAUGGCAGUCCAUGGGCCCAACGACUGCCAAGACAUACUUCCCAAAUGAUAACACCCACACUAGACCAGCAGGUGCAGUUAUUAAUGCCGAGACGUUUGUUGAAGCCGUUAAGUGUGUAUCUUGUACAUCGCAGCUGCUUCAAUAUUUGAACAGCAAAGGAACCGCUGUUUCUGCAGCAUGUUAG